CGUGCAUUGCCAAGCACAAGCCGUAACAUCCGGUUCGUCGACACGACAUCACAAGUCCGGGUCGGAGGCCUCACUUUCGGACCAAACCCUGCCGAACCGAGCCCGAAAGCCGGGGCAACCCAAGACCGGGGAACAAGGGCCAUGGCAUUCCCAGGCUUCCCACGGAUACGUUUUUCGCUUCUGAUGACAUGGACUUUGUCAUCGGUCCUUGGCAGCGCUCUUCGAAGCUUUCCCGUUGCGGGGUCUGGAACCGGGAUUGGCUGCUCCAACGUACGUACGGAGUACAGAGAACGUGGAAUUGCCUCAAAUAUAUCGUACCGGAUGUACGGAUCCGUACAAGAAAAAAGUUGCGUUGUGCUCGGCAAGGUCCCAAUACUCCUACCCGACGUAAGGUAGGAUG